AGACAGGUGUCUGUGUGUGCGCACUUACAGAAGGAGAGAAAGAGGGAACAGUGCUGCACCUGCCACGUUUUGGACAUGUCUGUCAGUCGGAGUAAUUGGUCUGCUCUCUCCAGGUUAGCCAAGCAGUGGUCUGAAGAUGAUGAAGAAGAACAAAUCCGUGAAAGGAGAAGAAGAAACCGUGUAAUAUCCAACCCAGCUGAGCGAAUCAUUGAAGUAUUCGCGGAUGAGGGCCUCAGCUCUGAUUUGUCCCCUGUACCAAAUGUAAUUGAUUCAAUAAAUUUGAAAAUGGAAGAAGGGUCAAUAUUAAGGGAGGCAUUACAAAACAGAGCUCAGGAAAAUCCAACAAAUGGAAAGAAGCCAAAGGAAGAUAAACCAUAUCAAUUUUAUAGCGGGGGUAAAAAAAGCAACACGCGUGAGAUCUUGGAUGAGGAGCUACCAAAGACUCCAGUGGAUGAGACAAAUCUGUCUACUAGCAAGACAGAAGGUAUUCAUGGACCAACAAAUAAAGAUGGACAGAGUUCAAGGUGUAAAAGCCAGAUCUGUUGGGGUGAGAAAAACCAGGGUCGCAUUUUUGUGAGGGAAGACACCCAAAUGUUAAGUCAGAAACAAAAUAACACAGCGCCUGAAAAACAGACACAAGGGAAGCAGAAAGAAGCACAGGUGAUUAAUCAAAACACCAGCAGUAACAGAACAUAUCAAGAUCAAAUAGAUGGAAUUUUUUUAGAGAAUCCAAACUCUAAUAUGAUUACUUGCGGGCAAGACAGUAGCAGCAUUCCAGGCCAAACCAAUAACUCCAGUGUGCCUGUCAGCAUAUCUUCUCCUCCUCAAGACUCAACAAAGAGCAGUUUUGCCACAUCUGCUAGCACUGGGAACCUCUCUAGAUACAGAAGCCAGGUGUUUGUGAGCUCAGUAAAAAUUCCACGGCAGAGGAGUGGGACUAGUGGAAGACAGCAUGUAUUAAGCCCACCACCGGUGCCAGAGAAAGGAUCACUUUCUUUUUUAAAGAUGUUAAACAGCACUGAAGUUCAGAUAACAACAUUGCCCAGCACAUCUCAGAACAGCAAAAAGAGUGAAAAUCAAGAACCACAGAUGGACACCAAGUUUCUUCAAGAUGAGAAUCCAACUUCUCCACAGGCUGCUUCAUCAUUUAGACGAUUUAGUCCUCAAACUAGCUCUUUCCGUGUGUUGUCUCAGAAUGAGGAUCGGGUCACCAGUGGCAGAGCACUAACACGCAGUUCCAGCCUCAGGAUUUCCCUCCGAAGUCAGAAAUUUGAAGAUCGACUAGACAAAUACACUGCAGCUGCACAGAGACCAGGAAAUGUUAGGAUACCUGUCCUCAAUCGAAGCACCACUGGAGCAUCAGAAGGCAUAGCAAGCAAGAAAAGUGUCUUUGAGAGGAGGGAAAUCUCAACUGGAACAAAUAUCACCAAUUCCAGACAGGAUAUCAGGACAGGUGAUUUUGCCUUCAAGAGGAAUAUAUGGCAACAACGUUCUCAAUCUUCUAAUGACACCAAGCUAUGAUAUUCCCUGGGCCAUGGAAAAGACCUGCACCAGAUCUGUUUUGCCAACAGAACAAAUAUUGAGAUUCAAAAUUAUGAUCACCCUUAUUAGAGCUUCUCUGCUUAAAUUUCUCCUCUUCUGGUAUUAUAUUAUUUUUUAACUGUCUUCGUAUACUCGCUCCUUUCAAAUGUAGGAUUUCGCUAAGUUUUCUUACUUUUGCAAACUAUAUCAGAAUAAAGAGCUCAUUGUAAUUUCUGUGCA